CGUGAGGGGCGGGGCGCCUGUCAGGGAAGCGGCGCGCGCGGGCGGCAGGCGGGUUGGGACUCCGCAGCACAGUGCCAGCGCCAGCUCCAGAGCCGCCCGCGCCCGGCGCUCUCCCGCCCGCCGCCUGUCUUCUGACUCGCGAUCCCGCACUCCCGCUUUGCCGGUGCGCUGCCCGAGUAUGGAGUUGCUGUGCUGUGAGGGCACCCGACACGCGCCCCGGGCCGGGCCAGACCCGCGGCUGCUGGGGGACCAGCGUGUCCUGCAGAGCUUGCUCCGCCUGGAGGAGCGCUACGUGCCCCGCGCCUCCUACUUCCAAUGCGUGCAGAAGGAGAUCAAGCCGCACAUGCGGAAGAUGCUGGCGUACUGGAUGCUGGAGGUGUGUGAGGAACAGCGCUGUGAGGAGGAAGUCUUCCCCCUGGCCAUGAACUACCUGGAUCGCUACCUGUCUUGUGUCCCCACCCGAAAGGCGCAGUUGCAGCUCCUGGGUGCGGUCUGCAUGCUGCUGGCAUCCAAGUUGCGUGAAACCACGCCCCUGACCAUCGAAAAACUGUGCAUCUACACCGACCACGCUGUGUCUCCCCACCAGAUGCGGGAGUGGGAGGUGCUGGUCUUGGGAAAACUCAAAUGGGACCUGGCUGCUGUGAUUGCGCAUGAUUUUUUGGCCCUGAUUCUGCACCGACUCUCUCUGCCCAGUGACCGACAGGCCUUGGUCAAAAAGCACGCCCAGACCUUUUUGGCCCUCUGUGCUACAGAUUACACCUUUGCCAUGUAUCCGCCAUCUAUGAUCGCAACAGGCAGCAUUGGGGCUGCAGUGCAAGGCCUGGGCGCGUGCUCCACAUCCGGAGAUGAGCUUACAGAGUUGCUGGCAGGGAUCACAGGCACUGAAGUGGACUGCCUGCGGGCCUGUCAGGAGCAGAUUGAAGCUGCGCUCAGGGAGAGUCUGAGGGAAGCUGCCCAGACCACCCCCAGCCCAGCACCCAAAGCACCCCGGGGCUCCAGCAGCCAGGGGCCCAGCCAGACCAGCACGCCCACAGAUGUUACAGCCAUCCACCUGUAGCCCUGGACAGGCCCCAUCGUGUGGCCUCCAAGCAGAUGAGGGGCUGCUGCAACCCCUCCCUGCCUCUAGGAACAAUCUGGGCCACAUGGGAAGCCUGAGGGGGCUCCUCCUUACCCUCACAAAACCCAAGGGGCCAGGUCCUGCCUAUCCCUGCAGUGUGCACUAAGGGGCCGGCCAGCUGUGUUGGUGUUUGCCUGGCUAGUCAGCUCCUCCUCCUCUCGCAUCUGACCAGCUCAGCUCCCUCCUGAACUCUAGCUGGGUCUGGGCCAGGCUGUUCAGACAAAUUGAAACAGGUAAUCUAUGCACCAGCAUUCCUUUUUGAGGCCCCUUUCUCUCUGGGGUGCUCAUGUUCUCAACUGCCGAGAUACUCUCUAAGUAUUGCCCCUCCUAGGGUUAUUGCAUUUGGAUUGGGGUCCUUCAGACAUCCUGGCAAACAUGAGGGGAUUUAGUCUCAAUGGCUCUUCUCAGCACACUUUGGAGGUCCCAUAUAAUCCAUGCUCCCAGCUGCUCCUAGAGAAGGGCCUAGGCCUCAGUCAGGGGCAAGAAACCACAGAUUCCUCUUUGCUUUGCUUUCCACUCAGCUUCCAUGUGAUCGAGGGGUCUGGUGCUGAAGGAAAAAGUUUUAAUUUAUUAAUUGCUUUGAGUACAACUGUAAGAGGGCGCCGUGGUGCCUGUCUACCCCACAAGUGGUGGUAACCCUGGUGGUUGCUCUUUUAUUCCCCUCUGCUACUGGCUAAAAGGAUCUUUGUGGCCCAGGAGCUGCUAUUGCCUGGGGUGGGAUCAAGGCCUCCUCUCCCUUUCGCCCUGUGCCCCAUUCUCCAGCAGGGAGGAUGAAGCAGGAUGUGCUGGAGGUGGCUAAGCCCCCAUCUGGAGAGGGAGGCAAGCCCUGUCGACACAGGUCUUUCCUAAGGCCACAAGGUUUAGAUUGGUGGCCCAGGGCCAUCAUACUGCCUUAAUAAAGAUUCUGGAAUAAACUGGG